UGAAACCUCUCUCUAUACACAUUAUAUAACAUCACUGUGUUUAUACGCAGCAACGAUACACACACACACACAUAUAUAUUUAUAUAAAUACAUACAGAUACGGAACCCUAUCUAUUAUACCUCUCAUUUCGGUUUUUUUUUGUUGCUGUUGUCAAUUCGGAACCCUGAUUUUGCGUUAGCUCAGCCUUUUCUGGAAUUGCAUUUGAGAAUCUGUUGGAAGCUUUGGAUAAAGGAAGUUGAGAAUCGACACAAGUAAUUUUGUAGCUUUUGAAGCUCUAGUAGUCACGGUGUUCAUCGGCGAUUGCUGCAUCCGAGCUCAGGAUUUGGAUCAAAUUCGAGAAAUUGUGUUUCAUCGGGCUGGAAAUGGUUGGGGGUGGGAAUAGAAGGGAUGACUCGUCGUUUACUGUGAGCAACACCAAUGUAUUUGCGGCUCUGGAGAGUUUGAGGAAGAAGAAGAAGUCUGACAAAGAGAAGGGGGGAAGGGCCACGUCGAAAGCUGCUGGGGCGGAGAAGCCGGUGUUCUGGGCUCCGGCACCUUUGACGGCGAAGUCGUGGGCGGAUGUCGACGAUGAGGAUGAUGACGACUACUACGCCACCACUGCUCCUCCACAGGCAAUGUGGGGUGGUUCGGGUUUGAAUGUGCCUGAAGAGGGUCAUAAAUCUGAUGUUGUGGAGGAAAGUGAAAGUGAGGAUGAACUUCUUGACGAAGGCGACGAUGAUGUGGAAGAUGGGCAUGACCAGGAAUCUGAGAUUGAAGAACAGCCUGAGCCACUGGUUACGAAGCCUGCAGAAACUUCAUCAGCACCUAAAGAGACUGAAAGACAGCUUUCUAAAAAAGAGAGAAGGAAAAUGGAGCUAGCUGAGCUAGAGGCGAUUUUAGCUGAUUUUGGUGUGAACCCCAAAGAGAAAGCUGAAGAUGAGGCAUCAUCUGAUGUUACGAAAGAGCAGAAAGAAGAACAAUCAAACGGGAAUGCUGAUAAGAAGGAUAAUCCCCCUGCUGAGUCCAAAACUGCAAAAAAGAAGAAAAAGAAGGCCACCAAAGAGGUGAAGGAGCCUCAGGACCAGUUCAGUAGCUCGGAUGUUCCCAGUGGACAAGAGGAGACUGCUGGAACCGAGCAGGUGGAAGAAGACGCCUCUGCUGUUGACAUGAAAGAAAGGCUGAAGAGGGUAGCCUCUUCCAAGAAAAAGAAAUCAAAUAAGGAGAUGGAUGCUGCUGCAAGAGCCGCUGCUGUGGAAGCUGCUGCUAGGAGUAAAAGACUCGCUGCUGCCAAGAAGAAAGAGAAGAACCAUUACAACCAGCAGCCAAUCCGGUAAGAUAUAUAUAUAGAUCACUGAAUCUACAUAGAGAUGGAAAUGCGAUUUUAUUGCUCACGAAUAAACUUGGAGCCCCUCCCCCUGAGUCCCUCUUGUUCAUGAUCGAAGAACUUUGAUAUGACGCAUACAUGACCCCAGAUAUGAUGAUUUUGGUUAUUGAACUCGUUUCAGAGUGGCACUGUUUCCUAAUCCUAGAGAAAUUUUUAGUAACAUAUUAGUACUUGUCAUGUAUCUACUUCUUUUGGGAAUCUGAUGGCUGUUCUUGUGCUUCAUUCGGUUAUUCAUCUUUCGUCUCUCUUGCUCGUU